AUAGUGUACGUGUUUGUCCGCGUCUUGAAUCGCUCCAAGAGUCUCGCAGCAGCGUCUCCUCGACCUCCUCGACCAAGUCCUCCCUUGCUGUUGCUGGCAUUUAGACCAGCAAGACGGUUGGCGUGUCCACCGGAGGGGGGGUGUCGGCCGGGAGCUGCAGUAGCUGCUGUGGUGGAAAAGGGACGGAUGACGCUGCGCGCAAUCGUCGAGGCCGUCGAGGCCGUCGAGGCCGUCGGUAGUUGAGGAGGCAUUUUGGGCGGUCGCAAUUGAAGCCGUCGGUCGGAUUGGCGGUUGCGAGGCUCUAGAGCUGAUUUUGGUGAUGUUCGAUCGUUGGAGGUUUUUCGACCAAGCGGAAUGCGGCGGGGCAGAUUCCGCGACUCCACUCAGAUUUUAUCGUUUUCUCCUCCAGCCUUGAACUUUUAUAUCGCGGGACAGCAACGAUUACCUCUACCAACAACUGCGCCGACACAGAAAACAAACCAUCAAGCGGGGAUUACGGAGUUUUUAGUACUUGGGGGCGAACAAAUACCGCGAUCAUGGUCCGAAAACUCAAGCAUCACGAGCAGAAGCUCCUCCGAAAGACAGACUUCAUCACAUACAAAUCCGACAAUGGCCAUCGCGACAAGGCCGUCAUGCGACGGUACAUGAUCCAGAAGCCCGAGGACUAUCACAAGUAUAACCGUCUUUGCGGCUCUCUGCGCCAGCUCGCUCAUCGCCUUUCCCUCCUCCCUCCCGAGAACGCAACACGCCGCAAGCACGAAGAACUCCUCCUCAACAAGCUUUACGACAUGGGUGUCCUUUCUAGCGCCUCCAAGCUUUCUGCUGUCGAGAACAGCGUUACCGUCAGCGCCUUUGCGCGCCGUCGCUUGCCUGUGCUGAUGACAAGACUGCGCAUGGCUGAGACCGUGCAGGCGGCUACGAAGAUGAUUGAGCAGGGCCAUGUGCGUGUGGGUACAGAAACAGUCACGGAUCCUGCAUACUUGGUCACAAGAGGCAUGGAGGACUUUGUGACAUGGACUGUGGGCAGCAAGAUCAAGAGGAACAUCAUGAAGUACCGCGACCAGCUGGACGAUUUUGAAUUGCUAUGAUGUGGCCAUUUGGAUGGCAACAGGUGGAAAGUGGAGGGGGAGAAGGAGGGAAAUGCAUGGGCAAUUGGGAGUUUGGGCGUCUUUGUAUGUGUUCUUCUUUGGAGGAUUCCGCCAUGAUGAUUCAAAAGUUUGAGAAUGGCUCUAUUUGCGAUAAUAGACUUUUGGUCAAAUCUCGACGCAGCGUUCUUGUCGUAUGGGAAGUACAACUGUGGCAGAUGAAACGGGCAGCUCCUUUUCCUCCCCCCUUGGCUUUCAGAUAAUGUUCUCCGUGUUUCUGCCUUGACACCCCCUUGGAUCAACCAAAAUCUUACCUGGAUGGCGUCAUGAACGACAUGAGGGCAAGUCCUGAGCCAUUGUUCAGAGAUCCUCUUGGACAAGAAUAAUUGUCUCGGGCAGCUCAAAUCUCAAAUAGAGGUUGGCCAAGAUAGUUGGAUAUAAGCUAAACCAGGACCAUAAUUCUGUUUGGGAGAGACGUGUUUCCAGGAUCAGCAUCUGCAAAAGUACCUCCACACUCUGCAGAAACAAUAUCAUGCUACACCACACAGUUG